AUGGGAUUCCUCCCUCGACAAAAUGUUGACCGGCCAUCGACUCCUCCAUCCAUAUCAGCGUUGGACAUGGGAUUUCCACCAGGCAGCGAGUUAGAUACCCACCAGGCACCUGACAUCAUCAACAACCCUCUGGACAUGGGCUUUUGCAGCAUUCCAGCUCAUGAUGUUCCAGCUUGUGAUGGUCCGGUUCAGUCAUUAGACAUGCAAGUGGAACAGAUUCCUUUGAACAUGGGCUUUCACACAGAUCCGGCAUCCUGUCACUCAUGUAUGUGUCAUUCAUUAAUUUUGUUCCAUCCUCAUGUCGAUCUGGUGGACAUCCAACCGGAUGAUCUCCCUUUGGAUAUGGGUUUUGACACACUCCAACCGGACGAUCGCCUUUUGCAUACAGAUUUCAAUGCACUCCAACCGGACGAGCACCCUUUGGAUAUGGGAUUUUGUACACUCCAUCCGGUACACCCGGAUCACUCAAUGGAUAUUCAACUUUCUCACAACCCUCUGGACAUGGGCUUUGGGACAGCUCUGGCAUCCGUUCAGGAAGACAGGUCAUUGGACAUUACAAUCGCCACUCCAGAUCUGGAUCCAGUACAUGGUCUUCCAGAUCCGUCAUUUGUGGUUGGUGAACCGGCACCCAUUGGAUUUGUGAUUCAGCGCGCUGUAGGUGAUUUGCGCUUGGUGAUCCACUGGUUGGAUAUGGAAAUUGCCCACAGUACAAUGUCACCGGAAGAAGCAUCUGUCAGCCAGGAAGUUCUUCAGUCUGCCAAUGAGUUAUUACUGGCAUUUCAACUCAUAUCAAUAUAUAGACUGUCAACAUGA